UACGUAUAUCCCUAUGCUCUUGUCGUUCCCAGUUUUAAGUGUAUCCAAGCACCCAAUGUGGUGUUCUCCGGAGGCCUUGGCGGUAAUAGUUACUUUAUGAUGGGGAUUUCGGGGCUACUACCGUUCAUCAAGGAUGCCUCAGAGGCCAUCAGCGUGAGAAAGUACAAAGGCCAGACUGUGGCAGUGGACACAUACUGUUGGCUCCACAAGGGGGCUUUCUCCUGCGCUGAUAAGCUGGCCAAGGGGGAACCUACUGACCGAUAUGUGACCUAUUGUAUGAAAUACGUUGAUAUGUUGCUGACCUUCGGAGUGAAGCCUAUUUUGGUGUUCGAUGGCUGCAAUCUGCCUUCAAAGGAGGAAGUGGAAAAGUCGCGCCGGGAGCAUCGACAGGCCAACCUGCAGAAAGGAAAGCAGUUGCUGCGUGAGGGACGUUUGACAGAAGCAGCAGAAUGUUUCACCCGCUGCAUCGCCAUCACCCACGACAUGGCCCGUGAUGUCAUCAAGGCCGCCAGGGCCCGGGAUGUGGACUGUGUGGUGGCGCCCUAUGAGGCAGAUGCCCAGCUGGCCUUCCUGAACAAGGCUGGAAUUGCCCAAGCUGUCAUCACAGAGGACUCGGACUUGCUGGCUUUUGGUUGUAAAAAUGUGAUUGUGAAGAUGGACAAGAACGGAAAUGGGCUGGAGAUCGACCAGAAGAAUCUGGGUCGGUGCCCGUCUCUAGGGGACAUGUUUACGGAGGAGAAGUUCCGCUACAUGUGUAUCCUCUCAGGCUGUGACUAUCUGCCCUCAAUCUAUGGGAUUGGUCUGAGCAAGGCCUGCAAGCUGAUCAAGAUGGCCAGAAACCCUGACAUCCUGAAGGUGAUCAGGAAGAUGGGCCAGUACCUGAAGAUGGACAUCAGGGUGCCAGAUGAGUAUGUUGAGGGUUUUGUCAAGGCCAACAACACCUUCCUCUACCAGCUAGUCUUUGACCCCCGCAGCCGGAAGGUGGUGCCUCUCAAUCCAUACCCGGACAACAUCGACCCUGCUUCCCUGAGCUACGCUGGGCGCAACAUAGGAGAUGAGAAGGGCCUGCAGCUGGCUCUGGGAAACCUGGAUCUUUUCACCAUGGAGGUUAUUGAUGACUUCAACCCCAACGCAAUGCAGACGGUCAAGCCCCGCAGCCACGGCUGGGAUGCCAGCAAGGUGAGGAGCCCCAGCAUCUGGAGCAAAGGCUACACCCCCAAGAGUCCCCUGUCCUCCCAGACCCUUGUCCUCAACCCGUCAGAGAAGUCGUCCACUAAGGGGAGGCCUCCAGCCAAGGAGCUGCAGGCCAAGAGACCCAGAGCAGAGUCUGCCAUUUCUGAGGAGGACUUGCUGCUACAAUAUUCCUGCCCCAGUCCGAAGGUUCUGAGACGGGCUAAAGCCCAGGCCCAGCCCACUGUUGGCACCCCCCAGCCAAGUCUCCACCGUAAUCGCUUUUCCACACUGCUGCAGAGGAGAAAUCAGGAGGACGAUUUUGGGGAUGAGGGAACCUGUAGCAGGUUCUUCGGCUCUAGCACUUUCACAGACAUCCCACAUCCUGUUGACGGGGCCCUGGUAGCUUCUCAGUGCACCCACGAUGGCCAGAAUGAAGGCCAGAGGGUAACCUGUGAGGAGUCUCAGGUUACAGGAGCUGAAGAGGACUCAUCGGACCUGCUUAGCUCCACACCUCCCAAGAGGGGUCAUUCUGGGGCAGUUGUAUUCAACCAGAUCCGGCUCUCCCCGCAUAAACCCCAGGAAGUGUCUCACAAGUGCCGAUUUUCACCACUUCAGAAGUUCCAGCACAGUAAAGAGAAUUUAUCUUGGGCUUCCCAGACACAGAGAACCCCCACUUUGCUUCCUCAGCAAUUAAAGCAGGAUGGUGAGAAGGCCGCAGACUCUCAACUCGCCUUCAGCAGCACUUAUUUCUCCCAGUCAAGCUGGCUCGGCGUUGAAAGGAAGCAGAGCCCCAUGCAGGACCUCAACGCAAGUGAAGACUCCAGUGACACCGAUGAGAAAAGACCCUUAGCCAAUGGAGCAAAGGUGUCAGGGCUGUCACGGGUCAGGAACACCAACAUGGGAUUUGCAGUGAAGAUAUGCCCCUUGGCACCUGCCCGGGUCAGCGGCCUACGCAAGAGGCCAGAUGCCAAAAGUAGCGGCAACAAGAAUGUGAUGGAACUUCAGCCUACCAUUAGCAGCUUGUGGAAGAACUUCAGCUACAGAAAAGUCAAAUGAACCAGCAGCAGCAACUGGUCCGGCUGUCUCCCAACCCCUAACUUCAGCAUCCCCUGAAUCAGCCCCUGCGCUCCCACAUGAAGAAGAAGACAAAUUACGGGUGUGGACAUGGAAUGGAGUUCAAUUGUCUGAUUGACUUAAAUAUAUGAGAAUGAUAGUCAAAAUACCAUAAAAGCGCAUGAUUUUAUGUAAAUUAAUAUGAAAAAAGUCUCAGCUGUGUUGGGGGCCCUGUCAAGAUUCUUUUCAUGGGGCCCAAAAUCCUUAGCAGCGCCCCUGCCUGUAACAUUCAACAUCAUAGUACUAUUUUUGUGCAGUCUGAGCAAAGUAAUUAAGAUUUGCCUAUAUCAGUAAAAUUAAAUAAAACAAUCAAGUAAAUAAGUAAAUAAAUUCUUGAAGGAUUCUUUAGGUAAACAAAGACAGUAUGGCUCUUGUCAAUCUCCAUAGUGCCUUCUUUAUUGUGGAAACCAAAAUGAACCUAUACUUCAGCUCUGUAUACCUUGGGAGCCGGUCUAACUCUUUCAGUUUCAGCCAUUGGUGGUAACGUUGCUAGUCAGCUAGGUUUGUUAUUGUUGUCAUGAGUGUUGCACCUUUACCUUACUUCGUGACUGUUUACAUUGUUAUGUUUGGGUGAAAGAGUCAAAUGGCUGAAGAUGUAUUACGACACUGCUAUCUAGCAGUAAGGAGAUAUAACAAAACACAAAAUGAGCCAGUCUGCCAUGAACUUUGCAUGGAAACUAUUAAAAAUUAAUAUAGUUCUCUUCAAUACAGAAUUGAUACAGUAUCACAAAACAUCAUGAUACUUAAGUGUAUUAUAUUUUGUUACACUCCUAGUUAGUACUGGCCUAGACUAGUAGUGUUCUUAAAGUGAGUUAAAAGCCACCUGUUUUCCUUUGACAUGAUGAGAGUAUGACAUGAAUGCUUAAACAUAAGGGAGGGACUCAGUUUUUGGUGGAGCUUUGCAGAUUGUCACUGGAAAUUGCUUAUCUAAGAAUGCGGA